AUUCCGGAGCCUCACCACUGCAUUUUUCAGAGAUGCCAUGGGUUUCUUAUUAAUGUUUGACCUCACCAGUCAACAGAGCUUCUUAAAUGUCAGAAACUGGAUGAGCCAACUGCAAGCAAAUGCUUAUUGUGAAAAUCCAGAUAUAGUAUUAAUUGGCAACAAGGCAGACCUGCCAGACCAGAGGGAAGUCAAUGAAAGGCAAGCACGGGACCUGGCUGACAAAUACGGCAUGCCAUAUUUUGAAACGAGUGCUGCGACUGGCCAGAAUGUGGAGAAAGCUGUGGAAACCCUUCUGGACUUAAUCAUGAAGCGAAUGGAACAGUGUGUAGAGAAGACACAGGUCCCCGACACUGUCAAUGGUGGAGACUCUGGAAAGCUAGAUGGGGAAAAACCAGCAGAGAAGAAAUGCGGUUGCUAGACCCUACAUAGGAACUGAUCAUCAAAAACCCCACCCAAAUAUUACUUCCAAAAAACAGCGACAAACCACAAAAUUGUUGUAAGUAGACCAUGCAUAAUGGCAUGUUUUUCUUUUUCUUCCAGAAAAAUCUAUUUUGAGAAACCAGAAUAUCAACAGUGUUCAAAAGAAUUGACCAGUUGUCUCUGAGGCGCCCUCCAAACAAGAUCAGAGAUUUCCUAAUGUGAUCUCAUGGUCAUGGAUGCUCAAUUUGUUGUUGUUGUUAUUGUUGUUUUUUGUUUUUUUUUUAUGAAGAAGAUGAGUAUAUAAGAAAGUAUUCAAGAUGAUAUCAGUGAGUUUUAAAUCAGAACAAAAAUGACCGUGUCACAUGGGGAAAAGGAAUAGGCCACUAAAGGGAGAAUAUAGAAAGACAAUUUUUUUUUUUUUUAAAGAUUGGAUUUACUUCUUAUAUAGAGUUUGAUUUGUACUUUUAGUUUUGCAUUGGGGGAACAUAUUAGCUAAAACUGAGGAUACAAUCAAGAAUUCUAAAUGGAUCAUUAGUAAUGACAUUACUAUAUACACCCAAUAAGCUGUUCUAGGGUGACUCAAAUACUGGUAAGGUUAUGAGAUUGUGAAUCAGACUUCUGUUAAAAUGUGGGAGAUUGUAUAUUAAUGUCAUUUUUAUAUUCUUAAUAAAUGGCAGAUAGACAAGAACAGGACUGUAAACAACAAAGUACAAGAGAAAUGCCCUAGGAGAAAAAUGAAAGUAUGAAAACAUGGCAUUUGGACAAAUGAAAUUAAAUGUGUCUGUUACAGAUGUCUGGAAGAAUCAUUUAGCCAAAUUUCACUCAAGCCAAUUAGAAGUUGACAUUAUCAGUUGGGAUUAAGAGAGUCUCCAGAGGUUUCCCUUUCCAAACAAAAUUUUGGAAAUCGGUUCAGUGUUCAGUUUCACAUUUCAUUUUUCUUAGUAAAUGGUCACAAGGGGAAAUUAAAGAUUGUCAUUUAUUAACUAUGUCUUUAAAAAUGCAGUCAAGAAAAACUGUUUAGGUUAAUUGUUUUUAGAUAAAAUAUGUCAGUGAUAUGAAAACAAAAAGUGACAAAUAAUUGUGGGUUUCUUUUUAAUUUACAAAAACACUGGAAACUCUAAAUCACACUUCUACUCUCCACACCCACCCCUGACUUUGCAUCAAUUGCAAAACUACAGGUGUGUCACUUUGUAGAUCAACUUCAGGAUGAUGGAUUGAUUUUAUGGUCACUCUUGAGUUUUCACGUCAUUCAUCACAUAAAAUUUGAUGAUACCUCAUGCCAUAUUACAGUAUAUUUCACAUUUGUUUUCAUUUGCCUAAGGCAGAAUACCCACAUUUGAACUAUAUUUGGGGAUAGGACAGGAGUGGAGCUGUGUCUUUUCUCUCUAAAAAUUUGGUUAAUCACUUUAUUUUUUCAUAUAAAACUGCCUUUUCUUUUUAAAAAUCAUUACAAAAGGAUUUUCCAUUCGCUUAUUCUUAUUAUUGUGUCUGAAGUGAUAUUACAUUGUUUUUUUAUCUUAGUUUUUGAUAAGUGUAAGCAACUCCUAUUAAACUAUUAUUUAAAUAUUUCAGUUUUAUCAUUAACAAAGGCAUCAUGCUUCAAGUUUUCUCUUUUUAUCAUGAUAAGAUGGUUCUUCCUAUAAAAUUUUGCCAAUUAAACUUCAUUCUUCCAUACUCUAGGCAUAUUUUUAAAUUACAAACAUUAGAAACCCUAAAUCCCAGUCCCCCUAUCCACCGCCCCCCCCAAACGUCUCUCUACAGUCUACGUCUGGUAUAGAAUCCAUAUUAGGAACACAGAUCCAAGAGAUUGUCUAAAAUGUUCUUGCAAAAUUCUCACUGUGAACUGCUUGGUUCCUCUGACUUCGGAAACAUAAUGCCAGCUUCUAGGAUCCAUCAUGCUUGGGUAUUCCCUCCAAUGCUGUUUUUAUCUAUGAUGUGCUUCAUGACUUCAGUGCCUGAGCCAUGAAGAUAGAAAUCUAUUAGCUAACACCUAAGAUGUUUUGACUGAAAGAAAAGUGAGCAGAAACAAUAUAAUCAUUGCUGUGGCAAAAUUUGGUAAACUUCUCUGGUUAUUUUAUCAACUCUCCUUUGGAUUCAAAUUGUGAUGUCUCUGGCAUUCCCAUGAUAGGGAAUGUUUAGCCUUUAUGAAAUCCUAAAGGUUUUCUGUUUUGGAUUUUUUUUGUUGUUGUUGUUUCUACUCUUUUUCCACUUAUAUGUUUGACUGACUUUUGCCAAGAUUCUGUCAUUGCUAGUUAUUCAACGAGCAUUUAUUUCAGGGUAUAUUUUAAGAUUAUUAUUUGAUAACUGUAGCAUGAAGCAGAGGGUGAUGAUGCCUAUAAUUAUAGAACUCUGCCUAUAAAAAUAACAAUUAUUGGGCAACAAUCUCAAGAGGAAUGAAAUUUAAAGAAGACAAGAAAACUAAUUUAAAACAGUAUUCUACUUAUAAAUAAAUACUUGAUCUAAGAAAAUAUUUUCUCUGUCAAGUUUGACAUCUGAUCCCAAAUUCUAUGUCACCAUUACUGGAAAUUCCUUCACUUAUUAUUUCAGAAUUAAUUAUUAUAUAAUUCAUUUUACAGUUUCAAAUUGAUUUGGGAACAUGAAGUAUACAGACUGCUUUAAAGAAUUGCAUACCUCCUUUAACCCAAAACAGCAUGUGUUUUUAGCCAAGAUGUAUCCUGUUACUUAUCUCCCAAAUGCUUUGGUAAACCAUAUUGUCUUUUGGGGAAAUAUUUAAAAUGUGCAUGAAAUUCCUUUCCGAUAUAGAAAUCAUUUCAGGAGUGCUUACACUAGUUUGAUGUUUACAUUGCUCUAACACAGUGCCUCAAGUACCUCUAUGACCAAAUUUGUCUCUAACCACAUAGCUCAUUUCCUAUUAUAUCAUCUUUGAGGAAGUCCUCGCAGAGACACUAAUGGAGCUAAAGGCAUUCUGGUAUCUUCAGCAAGGGGACAGGAUGUUAUUGGAUAAUUACCACCAUCUCUUGGUUUCCUAAGCUUCUCACAGAGUGGGAGUGGGCAUGGCUUGAGACUCAACUGUGAGUAGGUACAAGGUUACUCUUUGAUACAGAAAAAGAAAAGUCCUUUGAAAAUGUAUCAAAAAAUAGCUGAGAAAACAUGUUUGUCUUGGUAUGAAGGAGGGUCACAAGUCAUGAAUUGAUAGAGAAAAUGCGAAAUGCUAAGAAUUGAGCUUGUGGGUCUCAACAUAAGUUUUAGAAUUCUUGCAAGUCACCACUUGAGUUGAUUUGCUAUCAUUUCCACAGUAUCAGGUAUACAUUGCAAAAAAUUCAAAACCAGCAUUUUCUAAAGUAAAUAUUUCAUCUGUUGUUUUUCACCAGAUGGGCCAUUCUAUGUAUUAGUGGGUGUCUUUGUUAUGCUUCCUGCGUAUGUUAUUCUCUGCCAACCUGUACAGGUAAAAUCAACUGGACAAGGGUUUUAUUUUAUUUAUUUAUUUUUUAAGUUUUUUAUUUAUUUAACAGAGAGAGACAC